AUGGCCCCUAAACUGGAGCGUUGCAUGACCGUGCGAGGAUACAUCGCGGUGGGCGACGACAUCCUUCAUAUAAAAAACGUCCUCAACGGGCCGCAGAGGAGCUUCAUUCCGGUCACAGGGGGUUACAUCAGGGGCGUGGGUCCAGCGGAAGGGCUUGAGGCAGAGAUCAGUCCGGCGUCCUCGGAUGGUGUUCUGAUGAACCCCUCCACCAACACCGCGCAUCUUAAUGUCCGAGUCGGAGCGCGCUCAUCUACCGGAGCGGCCAUCUUUGUCCAAUACCAGGGCAUAAUUAAAGUCAACGAGGCGGGGGGCAAAGUCCUUUCCGGUGCAUCAGAUGCCAAAUCCACAGAGUAUGGAGAGCAGGAAUGGUUCAUUUCACCGCUCAUUGAGAGGAGCGACGAACGGUUGAAGUGGAUGGAGGAAUCGGUGUGGGUUGGACAGGGACACUGGGUCGUUGAUGAGCAGGGCAGUGCCGUUGAAUACCAGGUGUAUAGGCUAGUGAAUUGA